AUGGCAGUCUUCCCUUCGCUCGAAGAGUACCAGAUCGGUUGGAUAUGUGCCCUUCCAGACGAGGCGGCUGCUGCUCAGGAAAUGCUUGAUGAAAGCUUUGGGACCCCCGAAGAGCAGGACAGCACGGGCUCUAAUAUAUACACGCUGGGCCGAAUCGGCAAGCAUUUGGUUGCGAUUGCAUGCCUGGGAGGGCAAUAUGGGACGACUUCAGCUACCACCGUGGCUAACAACAUGAUGCGGACAUUUUCCAAGUUACUGCGGGUUGGAUCAAUGGUUGGGAUUGGAGGAGGAAUUCCUUCUGCAACCCAUGAUAUACGCCUCGGUGACAUUGUAUCGGCCAGACGAACAAUCUGUGAUGGUUGCCUGACCGAGUGGGAGGUAGAAAGGGAUAAACGAGACAACAAUGAGCCACAGCUACACUAUGGUAUUAUUGUGUCAGGGAAUAUUGUGGUAAAGGACGGUAAAACACGGGAGCGAUUGCGGAAAGAAACAGGUGCCUUAUGCUUUGAGAUGGAGGCAGCAGGCUUAAUGCAGGACUUCCCUUGCAUUGCCAUCCGGGGUAUCUGUGAUUAUGCUGAUUCGCGCAAAAAUAGGCAGUGGCAGGCGUAUGCAGCAUUGGCAGCUGCAUCCUAUCCAAAAGAAUUACUCAGUUAUAUCCCUCGUGCCCAGGUGUCAAAGGAAAAGCUGGUGGCGGGGAUUUGCACUACAAUCAGGGAACAGCUUAAAAACUUCAACAACACCACUGAUAACAUCCACCAAAAAAUCAAUAUGGACUGGUUAAAGAUUGCAGAAGGGGCGGCAUUUGAUUCAUAUGCAAACCAGCAUGAAAAAUGUUUUCCCGGAACUAGGCGUGAACUUCUCGACCAGAUUGAAAAGUGGGCAGACCUGAACCCGAUCCGCCUGGGUUUCAAGCAGAUCAGCGGCAAUCACCAAGAUGUGGACCUUCAUGAGAUCCCAAAGCCAAUGAUCCAGCGUGAUAUCUCGUUAUAA